AUGUCUCCCUUGGCGUCUUUCUUUGGUUGCUUCGUUCCAAAAUCCAGGGCAAAGAUUAGCUCAACCAAUGAUAGUAACUCGAAAGUCUUGUCGUUGGAGAAACCAAAAAGCAAAUCAAAAUCUCCGAGAGCUCCAGUCAUCGUGUCUUAUUUUCCCGCAGGUUCGAAUCUUUCGCGUUUGUAAGAGAAGAUAUAAGAUCAAGUGUGGGACGGGUGUUGACUUUUUCUUUUGAUGUUGACAUAUGUAAAUGUAAAGACUUUAUGCGUUUAUUUCAUUAUAUGUAAAUUGUACUGGA